CAAUUCAUAUCCCAUACAAUACAACAAAACUACAUAACAUAACACAACACAACACAAAAUCAAAUUUCUCAGCAUUUCUAUACCAUGAAUCAAACACCCCAUGUCGCUCUUCUACCAAGUCCAGGUAUGGGCCAUCUCAUUCCUUUCAUUGAACUCGCCAAGCAACUCGUCCUCCACCACCACUUCUCUGUCACCAUUCUCAUCCCCUCCGCCGCACCACCCACCCAAGCCCAAAAAACAGUCCUCCAAACCCUCCCCAAAACCAUCCACCACAUCUUCCUCCCACCCGUUCACUUACCCAAUGACAACCUCGAUGCUGCUUUCCAAAUCUUCCUCACAGUCACUCUAUCUCUUUCCUCUCUUAGACAAACAUUAGCUUCAUUAUCAACCACUACCCGUUUGGUUUCUCUCAUCGUCGAUCCAUUCGGCAUCGAUGCCAUCGAUGUAGCUAAGGAAUUCGGCGUUUCGCCCUACUUGUUCUUCCCGUCACCAGUCAUGGCACUGCUAUUUUGCCUACAUUUGCCGAAGCUAGAUGAGACGUUUACGGGAGAUUACAAAGACCUACCUGAACCGGUACAAUUCCCGGGUUGUGUACCAGUUCAAGGUAGAGAUCUCCCAGACCUAGUUGAAGACCGGUCAAGCAACUCCUACAAGGUAUUCCUUGGGAGUUUUAAGCGAUUUGGUUUAGCUGAGGGCAUAAUUGUAAAUAGCUUCGUGGAUAUGGAAGAGGGGGCCAUAAAAGCGUUGCUGGUGGAAGAGCUGGGCAGACCAGCAGUUUAUCCAGUCGGACCGCUUAUCCGAACAGGUUCAAGUGAUGGAUUAGAACAGUCCGAGUGUUUGAAAUGGUUAAAUGAUCAGCCAAGCGGGUCAGUAGUGUUUGUAUCAUUCGGAAGUGGUGGGACUCUCUCUCAUGACCAACUCAAUGAGUUAGCAUUGGGUUUGGAAUUGAGUGGCCAAAGAUUUUUGUGGGUUGUGAGAAACCCUAGUGACAAUUCUAGUGCUGCAUUUUUCAAUGCACAUAACCAAAACGACCCUAUUAGCUUCUUGCCAAAAGGGUUCUUGGAGAGGACACAAGGUCGAGGCCUAGUGGUGCCAUCGUGGGCACCGCAAAUUGAGGUGCUGAGCCACCACGCCACCGGUGGAUUUUUGACCCACUGUGGAUGGAACUCGACUUUGGAGAGUACUGUCCAUGGUGUGCCUCUAAUCGCUUGGCCACUCUUCGCAGAGCAGAAGAUGAACGCAGUGAUGUUAACGGAGGGUCUGAAGGUGGCGUUGAGUCCAAAAAGUCAUGAAUUGGGAUUGGUGGGACGGGAAGAGAUUGCAGAAGUUGUGAAAAGUCUUAUGAAAGGAGAAGAAGGGAAGAAGGUUCGCCAGAGAAUGGAGGGACUCAAGGAUGCUGCUGCGAAGGUCUUGAGUGAAGAAGGGUCUUCUACAAAAUCACUAUCUGAUUUGGCUUUCAAGUGGAAAAAUCAAAACAACAUUUGAAGUCAAAUCAUUUAUCUUAUUUAUUUAAUUUUUUUAAGUUUAGUUAA